AUGAAGACAUCUUGGAGCUUUAGUUGCGGAGUUUUGCUCCUGUUUGCGAUUAUGUGCUCUGGCCAGAAUGUAACGAAAUCAAACAGCAGCCAGGAGAUCAUCAGAGUGAAGGUCUUGCCGCAGUCAACUCCUUCAGAUCCCUCAACUGGUUCCUCCAUAUCCACCACCGCCACACCCAAAACUCCCAAACCGAAAUCCAAUCCUACAGCCAAGUCCGCCAUACAGACUCACGAAAUCGAGGAGGAGGACGACAACUUCCACAACGAUCGCCUUCCCGCCUUAUCAGAGGAUGAGUACAACAAUCUGAGUGAGGACGCCAAUCCGCUGCACUUCCUCAAGCAACAGCCUCUGGAUCUUGAAAAUGAGGAGGUGCCGCCGAAACCUGAAAAAACAGAGAUGCCCCAGCAGAAACCUGAAUCUCAAACCGAGAGCAAGCCAGAUUCGCAAGUGAUGGCUCCACAAUCCGCCGGUUCACCCAUCUACAUAACCAUUCCCAUUUAUAUCAGCACGGGUGGUAAGCUGCCCAUUACUUUGACCAUUGGAGAUCAGGAUUUGUCAUUAAAAAGGGCAAGCGGAUCAGGAUCCAACAGGAAGAAUCCCUCUACCAAAUCACCGAACUCGUUCUUCAAUCGCUUGCUGCAGCAGAUUGAGUCGCCCAAGAGGCGAACCACCAAUCGCCAUCGCAGCCAGCUCAACAGUCACGUAUAUGCGAUGAAGGAGAUAGACAAUCAGGGGAACAAGGAUGGCAAGAAACUCAAGGUUUUGCUUCGUAGCCCAAUGCAAUAAAAAUGUUC